ACAAACAUGGCACAUGCUACUUCGCAUCCCGCAACUGACGCCGCAAUUGACGACGCGAAUGACGCCGAGAUUGUAGCUGUGGAGCAAACCUCCGGCAAGACUGUAGUGGCUGUGGUUACUGCGUCAUCUCGAGUCGGUAAAGCCACAGUUCGUCACCUCCUAGUCAGCCACGGUAAUAAGGUCCACAUACGCGCCGUGUUUCGCGGGAAGAGCAAGACAAAAGAAGAUUUCAUCCAUGAUCUUUUACAAUCCGAAGGCACCGAAAACGGCGCUACUCUCGCAGCCGAAUCCCUUAUAUCGAAUCUCGCCAAUGUCGAGGUCGUCUGCGGUUUCGACGUGGCUGAUCCCACCACACACGCAGCCGCGUUUUCCGGCGUGGAUCGCGCGUUAGUUAUCGCUCCUCAGCUGGAAAACCGUCAAGAAAUCGUCAAUUCCAUCCUCACGGCCGGCAAGUCUCACGGCGUGCGACGCGUUGUGAUUAUAGGCGGUGUGUUUCAAGAGGAGGAGAAGUUCAUUUUUCACCGCCAGUGGCAGAGCACGCGGCGACACGCAGAUGAAACGCUCGGGCUGUCCUGGACGCAGCUUGAAUGCGGCGAUUUCAUGGAGAACGUACUGCGGAAUAAAGAGACGAUAUGUAACGAGGAUAAAGUGUACGGCGCUGGGGGAAACCCUGGUGCUUGCUCGCUCCCCAUCGCAUUGGAUGACAUUGGUAAAGCGGCAGCUGUGAUUCUAGCGUGUGAUGAUGACGUGGCACAUAAUCGCCAGGCGUAUCGGAUAGUAGGACCAGAUCUGCUGAGUCAGCAUGACAUGGCGAGAAUCAUAGGCGAGAAAAUCGGCAAGGAGGUGACAUUUGUCGAUCUGGGAUUGGACGUCGCGAUAGAGCGCGCUACUACUGUAGGCGGCUCUGCCAGGUGGCAGGCUGAGGGGUUCCAUGAUUGGAUGAGGCUCUACUACACGACCGGAAGGUUCAAGGAAGUUAUGUCUGACCUUCCCCUGCUUGGGAUCCGGCCUGUGUCAUUCGGGGAGUGGAUGGACCGGCAUGUAGGGGAGUUUUUAGCUAAGAGUGACUGUUUAGGGACUUCUAGUCAGCAGACCAAGGCAGAUGUGCUGGCAGACAUUUAGGCUGCCAUGCCAAAACUGAGGACUGGGGACAGAUGAAAAUGGAGGGAGUUUGAAGGAGGUACCAGUGGAGUGGAGUGCUGCUAUGGAUGAAGGAGGGGGGUGGGAGUGGGUGGUAGGUGUGUGGGAAAUUGAAGUAGGGAGAGGGGUUGGUUGAAGUGAGACUGCCAGAUGUGCCGGGCUGGCUAGCUAAACACCCGCUGUUCAGAUCUCAUCUGCA